AUGCCAAAAAUUACGUUCAAAAGAUUAGAUCCUAGUAAACCUAAUGAGUCUUUAGUUGAACAACAAGUUCAUGUAAUAUCAAAUGAACGUUUAAAAGAAAUAAAAUCUUGGAUAGAUAGUACUAAACAUUAUAGUUUAUCAGGA